CCUUAACCGGAAUUAUUCCAAUCGCCUCCCCUACACAUGAGGCCCCAUCGUACCAUGCGUAGCAUACUACCAAGCAAGAACCACUGGCAAGAAAAAACCGGCUUGAGUGCUGCUCGAGCAUAAUAACGUCUGUGCUGACGAGAAACGUAAUAAGUCUUUGAUUUGAACAAGUAAGUGCUCACAGAUCGGGGCUCAUUUGGGGUCCUGAAUAGAUACCGCGGAAAACAUGGCGGACGACCCCAACGCAGCGGACAGGAACGUGGAGAUAUGGAAGAUAAAGAAGUUGAUUAAAAGUCUGGAAGCUGCUCGGGGGAACGGCACAAGUAUGAUCUCCUUGAUCAUCCCUCCCAAGGACCAGAUCUCCAGAGUGGCAAAGAUGCUGGCUGAUGAGUUUGGAACUGCAUCCAAUAUUAAAAGCAGAGUCAACAGGCUCUCGGUUCUUGGAGCCAUCACUUCUGUACAGCAGAGACUUAAACUUUACAAUAAAGUUCCUCCCAAUGGAUUGGUUGUAUACUGUGGCACCAUUGUGACAGAUGAGGGCAAGGAGAAGAAAGUCAAUAUCGACUUUGAGCCUUUUAAACCCAUCAACACGUCCCUGUAUCUCUGUGACAACAAGUUCCACACGGAGGCUCUUACAGCAUUGCUCUCAGAUGAUAGCAAGUUUGGUUUUAUUGUGAUCGAUGGAAGUGGUGCCCUCUUCGGAACCCUGCAGGGCAACACCAGGGAGGUGUUGCACAAGUUCACCGUGGACCUGCCCAAGAAGCAUGGCAGAGGAGGACAGUCUGCCCUGCGCUUUGCUCGUCUGAGGAUGGAGAAGAGGCACAACUAUGUCCGCAAGGUGGCCGAGACGGCGGUCACGCUUUUUGUGUCCAACGACAAGGUCAACGUUGCAGGCAUGGUGUUGGCUGGUUCCGCUGACUUCAAGACCGAGCUCAGCCAGUCAGACAUGUUUGACCCGAGGCUACAGGCAAAGGUUCUGAAACUGGUGGACAUUUCCUAUGGUGGUGAGAAUGGGUUCAACCAGGCCAUUGAGCUCUCGGCCGAAGUGCUUUCCAAUGUGAAAUUCAUCCAGGAGAAGAAGCUCAUAGGACGAUACUUUGACGAGAUCAGCCAGGAUACGGGGAAAUACUGCUUUGGGGUGGAAGACACACUGAAAGCCCUAGAAAUGGGUGCUGUCGAGAUCCUGAUUGUCUAUGAGAACUUGGAUACCAUGAGAUACAUCCUACGAUGCCAUGGAGCAGAAGGACUUUCUAUGGUGGAGAAGGGUACCGAUGAGAAGACGUUGUAUUUGACGCCAGAGCAGGAGAAGGACAAAUCUCACUUCACAGACAAAGAGACUGGUCAGGAGCAUGAGCUGAUUGAGAGCAUGCCGUUACUUGAAUGGUUCGCCAACAGCUAUAAGAAGUUUGGAGCCUGUCUGGAGAUUGUCACUGACAAAAGUCAAGAAGGAUCCCAGUUUGUGAAAGGCUUCGGUGGAAUCGGCGGAAUAUUGAGGUAUAGGGUGGAUUUCCAGGCCAUAGAAUACCAAGGUGGAGACGAUGAGUUCUUUGAUUUGGAUGACUACUAGGUAGUCGAGACUGACCCAAGGAAAGCAAUGUAUCUCACGAAAGGCUUUCCCAGAUUUGACCGACUACAAAAGACUUAUGGAAGGAAAGCAAGUCAUCAGGAAGGAGACUUAGACCUUCAAAAAGAAGACAGACAUGAUACUCUAUAUCAACGUAUCCCUGACUUGAAGCAGCGACUCCAUUUUCUAGUCAUAUGGGGUUUGUCUUGGUUUGUUCCUCUCCACUGUUCGUAAACAACUCAUUCAAAGUGACUGAAAGCCGGGCCCUGCUCCCCCUGCCUGCUCAGGCUGGUCUAGGAGACUGAUAAGGCUUUAUAAAAAUUUGUUUUUCCUCCCCAUCUUUAAAUGUCACUAUUGUAAAUGAAAUUUCCCUUUUUUUUUUUUUCUUCUUUUACUGGUACCUGCUGCUGUUGUUUUAUUAAAUUUUGAUUCAAAUUUUGUUUCCACUUAAAUCCAAUGUAUGUAGCUAGAGGGCAUGGAGAGAAAAUAAUUUAAUUGGAACUACUUCACUAUCCCAGAACGUUACCCUGCCUAUCUACUGUCACAGGUGCUGCACUCCUCCUCCUCUCCCUUUUCUCAUUUAGAGGACCAGUGCCCAGCCUUUAUUAUUGAUCCAGAUUUCCUUUAGAGGACCUGUGCCCAGCCUUUAUUGCAGAACCAGAUUUCCGCAGCUGAGAUUUAGGAUUGUACAGCUAUAUCGUCUGCUGUUCUAUUGCCUUGUACAUUGUACACCCAUACCACUCUAUUGUCUCCUUAAGCAUAACGAACCAUGCCCUCAGUGCUGUGCACCAUGCAUCCUGUUCCCCAGAGAUGUCUGUCCAAUGUUUACUGUGAUUGAUUGUCUGAAUGGCACAGUGACAGAAACUGGCCAAUCUCAGAGCCACUGUGUUGUUGCUAGGCAGCUUUGUGUGUCUUGUCUUCCAGGCGUAUUAGUUAUGAGAACUCCUAUAGAUGUGAAAGUUUCAGUUCAAUCUACAUCAAUAGAAGCCUGUCCAGUUUAAUUAUUUUAAGUAUGAUUGUACUGGAUGUGACCAAUUGUAGUGACUCUGAUUGUCUGAGUUAGGCUGUCCUAAUUUUGAUGUGGAUGCUGCCGUUACACAAAGGUUCAGUGCUGCCCCCCUUCGCCUGCAAGAACAUGUCAACACUGUCUCUAGUCUUUCUCCUACAACAGGUUUGGUCAACUCCUGCCUAACUCUGUUUUUCCUACCCCAAAUAACUGUCAAAGAAUUCUGGUCAGAGUUGCUGGAUGUUGAUUUGAGGGGCUUUGCGACUUGUAUCUAUACAAAAACUCUUAAGAUUUUGUCAGCCUGAAUGAGAAUGACCGAGGAAAACAAACAAACAGGACUAAGUAUUGUCUAUAAAAUGCUAAAAAUGUGUGGUGUGGUGGUUUUCUGUCCCUCUUGGGGCACAGUGAGUUGUUUUAUCAAGGUAUAAAUGUGAUGAGUGUAUACUCUGCAACAUCAUAACCCCAAAUGGCAUUCUUUCUGGAUUUUAUCUAUUCAUCUGUCACAAUUUUGUAUGAGACUUAUUAAAUGUCCUCAUUGUUUGCAA